CACAGACCAGAUCUAUGCGUCUAGUAUACGUUGACCUUUGACUUUUAUUUUUUUAUUUUGACAAGGUCAUUCAUGUUUCCUUGCUUUUAAAGCAUCAUCUCUCUCCUUCUUCAAUCUCUCUCACCACCAUUAACAAUCAAGAAUAAAAAAAAUCCAUGGCUUCACCAACUCCAUUCCUCUCCAUCUUCCUCUUCUUCCUCAUUACAGUCUCCGCAGAUCCUGACAUGCUCCAAGACCUCUGCGUCGCUGAUCUCUCCUCCGGAAUCAAAGUCAACGGCUUCCCUUGCAAAGACGCAGCUAACGUCACAUCCCUCGACUUCUUCUCGCAAGCACUAGCGAAUCCAGGUCUCACCAACAACACAUUCGGUGCCUUAGUCACAGGAGCCAACGUAAUGAACCUCCCAGGUCUCAACACGCUCGGUGUCUCCCUCUCUCGCAUCGACUACGCGCCAGGUGGCUUAAACCCGCCUCACACUCACCCACGUGCCACCGAAGUCGUCUACGUCCUCGAAGGAACACUCGACGUUGGGUUUCUCACUACGGCCAACAAGCUCAUCUCUCGGUCUCUCAAGAAAGGUGACGUGUUUGCUUUCCCCAAAGGACUUGUUCACUUCCAGAAGAACAACGGUGAUGUUCCUGCCUCUGUCAUCGCUGCUUUCAAUAGUCAGCUUCCUGGAACUCAGUCUCUUGGUGCUACUUUGUUCGGUUCUACGCCUCCUGUUCCUGAUGAGAUCUUGGCUCAAGCCUUUCAGACGUCUUCGGGAACUGUUAAACAUAUCAAAACUAGGUUCCAACCCAAGAAAUGAUCUUUUUAAUCCAAAUUCAUUACAUGUUUUUUUUUUCGGUUCUGUUUUUAUUUCUCUUGUGUAAUGAAAACCAAUAACUGAUCUUUGAAUGUGCAUUUAAGCUCCAUUGUCGCAAC